AUGGCCCCUUACCAAAAGACCGUCAAGUCCAGCGCGUACUACAGUCGCUACCAGACCAAGUACCGCCGCCGCAGAGAGGGAAAGACCGACUACUAUGCUCGUAAGCGUCUGGUCACCCAGGCCAAGAACAAGUACAACGCUCCCAAGUACCGCCUGGUCGUCCGCUUCACCAACCGCGACGUGAUCACUCAGAUCGUCUACUCUGAGCUCACCGGUGACAAGGUUUUCACCAGCGCCUACUCCCACGAGCUCAAGCGCUAUGGCAUCACCAACGGUCUGACCAACUGGGCCGCUGCCUACGCCACUGGUCUCCUCCUUGCCCGCCGUACCCUCAAGAAGCUCGGCCUUGACGAGGACUUCACCGGUGUCGAGGAGGCUGACGGUGAGUUCAGCCUCACCGAGGCUGCUGAGACCGACGACGGUACCCGCCGCCCCUUCAAGGCCUUCCUCGAUGUUGGUCUUGCCCGUACCUCCACUGGUGCCCGUGUCUUCGGUGCCAUGAAGGGUGCUUCCGACGGUGGUAUCUUCGUUCCCCACUCCGAGAGCCGCUUCCCCGGUUACGACAUCGAAGCUGAGGAGCUCGACGCCGAGACUCUCCGCAGCUACAUCUUCGGUGGUCACGUUGCUGAGUACAUGGAGGGUCUUGCCGAUGACGACGAGGAGCGUUUCCGUGGCCAGUUCCACAAGUACACCGAGAACGAGGUUGACGCUGGUGACCUCGAGGACCUCUACACCGAAGUCCACAAGGCUAUCCGUGAGGACCCCUUCAAGAAGGAUGAGGAUGCUGGCUCCAAGAAGUCCAAGGAGGAAUGGAAGGCCGAAGGCAAGAAGUACCGCAAGACCAAGCUCUCCCACGAGGAGCGCAAGGCCCGUGUUGAGGCUAAGAUCCGUGAGCUUGCUGCUUAA